UCCAUUUGUAAUACUUCUUUGUCCUUUUCCUUCACAUGCGUCCAAGAGCAUCCCAUCUUCUUGACUCUUAGGGGAUGCGUGUGGGAGUUUUCUGGUGCAAAAUUUUUGUGAUAUUGACGUUGGAGCUGUACUCCCGACGUUUCCCUUCUCGGUCCGAACGUGAAAAAUCAAGAAAUCACGCUUUUUACCGCUGAACAUUUGAGCUACGCAUCAGGGGACAGUAACUGUGGGGAAAGAAACGGGGGAGGAGGAGAAGCCCGACAUAAAGGAGUCCCCUUUUGGCGCCUGAAUCAACUUCCUAAGCUCUGUGUCUCUCUUUUUGCUGCGAAGCUGAAGUAGAAGAUCGGACCCGUUUUGGAUUUGAUGAUUAGACGGAAAGGCCGCUGCUUUCUUGUUGCACCGAGCAAUGGGAAGCUUCGUUUUCGCUCGACUUCGUUGGCUCGUCCAGCCCCCGAGGCUCUCCCUCACUCUACUGACCAUCGAGCAACUUCGCUGAAUCCCCGUACGCAUCUACAAUGUAAAGAUGCGAACUUUUCCGUACCCAAGUUCUGCAUUUCGUCUCUACUGAACUGUCAGGGGUUUCCACGAUCAGACAAGUUCACGCGCUCAUCGCCGUCACUGGGAUGCUUCAUAACCUGUCUGUGGUGAACAAGCUCCUCCAUAUGUAUUCCUACCAUAGAGCUCUAGGGGAUGCGUAUGCACUGUUUGGUGUAAUGACAGAGAGAGACCCUGUCUCGUGGAGUGUGAUGGUUGGUGGGUUCGCUAAAGUUGGCGACUCUUUCAUGUGUUAUGGGACUUUUAGGGAACUCAUUCGUUCGGGAGCUCAACCCGACAACUACACAUUGCCUAUGGUGACAAGGGCUUGUAGAGAUACUUCAGACUUACAAAUGGGUCGAGUGGUUCAAAGUGUUGCGUGGAAAAAUGGGUUGAAUUUGGAUCGGUUCGUGUGCGCGGCAUUGGUGGAAAUGUAUGCAAAGUGUGGGGUGAUUGAGGACGCGAGGCAGUUGUUCGCUGAAAUGCCGGACAAGGACCUCGUGACGUGGACUGUCAUGAUUGGCGCACUUGCAGAUUCUGGUGAUGCUAACGAAUCACUGGAAUUAUUUGAUCGGAUGACACGAGAAGGAAUCGUUCCCGAUAAGGUUGCCAUGGUAAAUGUUGUUCAUGCAUGUGCCAAGUUCGGUGCUUUGCAUAAGGCUAGAGAAGUCCACAACUAUAUACGCAUGAAAAAUAUAACUCUCAACGUGAUAUUGGAGACUGCUAUGAUUGACAUGUACGCAAAGUGUGGCUGUCUCGGUUCUGCAAGGGGAAUUUUUGAGACUAUGAAGGAAAAGAAUGUUAUCUCAUGGAGUGCCAUGAUUGCGGCUUAUGGGUAUCAUGGGCAAGGAAGGAAAGCUCUUGACCUGUUUCCAAUGAUGUCAAGUAGUGGGAUUUUGCCGAAUAAGAUCACUUUUGUUUCGUUGCUGUAUGCAUGUAGUCAUGCAGGUUUAGUUGAGGAUGGUCUUCGAAUUUUCUCUUUGAUGCAAAAUGAUUAUGGUUUAGAACCGGAUGUGCAGCAUUAUACUUCAAUGGUUGAUCUUUUAGGCCGUGCUGGGAGAUUUGGUGAGGCCCUAAAUUUGAUAGACCAUAUGAUGGUGGAGAAGGAUGAAGGUCUGUGGGGAGCCCUUCUGGGCGCAUGUAGGAAACACAGGAACAUAGACUUGGCGGAAAGAGCGGCAAAGUCGCUUCUUGAGUUGAAAUCAAAUAAUCCAGGGCAUUAUGUUUUGCUCUCAAACAUAUAUGCAAAUGCUGGUAGAUGGGAAGAUGUGGCCAAGAUUAGGAACCUCAUGACCAAACAGAGAUUGAAAAAAGUUCCUGGUUGGACUUGGAUUGAAGUGGCCGACAAGGUUUAUCGGUUUGCUGUUGGGGAUACUAACCAUCCACGUUCUCAGGAGAUUUACUUGCUCCUGAAGAACUUGUGUGAAAAAUUAGAGUUGGCUGGCUAUGUCCCUGAUACAGAUUUUGUACUGCAUGAUGUUGAAGAGGAAGUUAAGAUCGGAAUUCUAUCGACACACAGUGAGAAACUGGCAAUUGCAUUUGGCCUUCUUGCAACUCCUGAGGGUACUUGUAUCAGAAUCACAAAAAAUCUAAGGGUUUGUGGAGACUGCCACACAUUUAUUAAGUUUGUAUCAGCAGUCGCUAAGAGGGUGAUUGUAGUCCGGGAUGCAAACAGGUUUCAUCACUUCGAGGAAGGUGCUUGUUCUUGUGGAGAUUAUUGGUAACUGAUCAUUUGACUUUCUGCACGUCUACGACUUCUUCUCCUUGGAUGUAGUUUCAUCCCCAGAAAAAGAGAGCAGGUCCAUUGUAUACCAAAGCGUGCAAGCGCAUCCUCAUCAUUUCAGGGGGAGUCCUUUUCAAUCUGCUUGAUGUGAACACACCAUUGUUGGCUCAGAUUCCCCGACAUUGUACUGCAAUGGAUCUAUAUGAGCCCUCGUCUCUGAGAACCCGAAGAAUCCUGCUGCAGGAAAGAGUAGCAGCAGCGUGAAGUUUCAAUAUGAACUCCCGGAUUGUUUUCUGCCUCCCCUAGAAGAAUGAACGGCACUACAACUACUUCUUCGCCAAUUUCACAGUAGACAAUAGAUGAAUGCAGAACUGCCGGCUAAUAGCCGAUGCCUUCCUGAGCACUCUUUCUUGUGCUGAUGAGGUUACCGUCACUGUCCCAGACUUCUCGAAUCUAAAUGCGGGAGUUGCUCCUUUUUUGACUCUCUCUAGCCUCUUCUGCUGCAAGCUUUGGUGCAGCCUCGAAGGGCAGCAUUUUAUACUUUGAUUUCUGCAUUAUGCUCAGAGAAUAUAGGGGAGCAAACAGACCGGGCCGGGAUUAGAGAUAUUUUCAGCCUGGCCUGAAAGAUAAGAAAGGCCUGGACCGAACCGAGUCGGUGAGGGCUAAAGCCCGAUUUUUUCUUUAAUGUUCUAAUAUCGUAGUACUCAAUAUCAAUCCAAACUCUCAUGUGCGAGUCAAGCAAUCAACACCAAGUUAUUUGAUAGUUUAUAAUUUCCAUUUUGGA